GUAAACGAUUGAAUUAUUCUUGUAUGAUUCGUUGAUAAAGAUAUACGUAUGUGUGUGUAAACGUUGAAAGGAGGAAUGUCUAUGGUUCAAAGUUUCAUAUAGAUAAUUUGCAGUCGGUCGGUAAAUCCAGUCGAGACAACACGUUCGCAUUGAACGAAUUUAACUCUCUUUCCUAGUGUUUGCUUUUUAUUUAGUAUACUCUUUUUUUAUACGUUACCAGAAUGUUGAAAGGAUUGGUCACUCUUGUAACCGGUGGUGCUUCCGGAUUAGGACUUGGAACCGUGCAAAGAUUCGUCAGGGAAGGUGCCAAAGUAAUUCUUGCUGAUCUACCCACGUCAAAAGGAGAUGAAAUUGCUAAAAGUUUAGGAAACAAUACUAUAUUUUCGCCAAUGGAUGUAACAAUACCAGAGAAUAUAGAAGAAACAGUACAGUUAAUAGAAAAUCAGUAUGGACACCUAAAUGUCAUAGUGAAUGCUGCAGGAAUAGCUUGUGCACAUAAGGUAUAUAAUCCUAACACAAAGAAAGCACAUAAAGUGGAAGAUUUUGCGAGAAUCCUUAAAGUAAAUACUAUUGGAACAUUUAGUGUUAUAACAUCAUGUAUGGGUCUUAUGCAUAAUGUAACACCAGAUGAAGAUGGACAACGCGGAGUAAUAGUAAACACCGCGAGCGUUGCAGCUUUUGAGGGUCAAAUGGGUCAGGCAGCAUAUUCUGCCAGCAAAGGUGCAAUUGUCAGUAUGACUUUACCGCUGGCCCGCGAUUUAGCAAGAUCUGGUAUUCGCGUGGUCACAAUUGCACCAGGAUUAUUCGAUACACCUUUAUUAGGAGAACUACCAGAAAAAGUGCGUGUAUAUUUAACGAAAACAGUACCGUAUCCAAAUAGAUUGGGUAAACCGGAUGAAUUUGCUCAACUGGCGCAACACAUUAUUGAAAAUCAUCUUCUGAAUGGAGAAGUGAUAAGAUUGGAUGGUGCUCUUAGGAUGCAGCCUUAAAGUUAUAUGAUCACGCAACACUUAUACGAACAUGGAAUUGGAUGAAGGGAUUUAUAGUAUAUGGAUUUUUUAAAUAAACAUUAUAUAAAAAGAUACAUAAAAAUA